AUGGACGAUUUGGAACACGUGGAGAGGGACUUGGAGCAGGACCUGAAGUUGAACGACUACAAGGAGGAAAUUCAGAAGAGAGCAAAGAAAUUGUAUGUAUAUUUGGUCAGCUUUGUGAGGGGCAAAGAGGCUUGGAAUCGUCUAGGCAUUGGUGGCCUUUCCGCAAUUCGAGAAGGGCAAGAUUUUGAAUUCGAGAAGGGUAAGAUCCUGGAGGGGAUCAUGAAGUACGAGAAGCUGGUCGGCGAGUACGAACGAUUGGCAGGAAGCUCCUUGGAUGAGAAUUUGAAGAUAAUAACGGUUAUGCGUUGUUAUCCGGGGCAGCUGCGACAGCAUACCUACUCUAAAAGUACCCCCUAA